AUGCCACGCGUUCCUCACAAAUCCUAUCCUUUAGACUUUCCAGUUUACUCGCUCACCUUUAUAUCCCCGCACUUACUGAUUCUCGGCGGUGGUGGUGGAUCUAGCUCGAAUAGCGGUGUUAAGAAUAAGCUUGGGAUUUAUUCGAUAACCCAGAAUGAAUUGAAUUUGAAAUUGGCUUAUGAAUUGGAUAACACCGACGACUGUCCUAUGUCACUCAAUGUUCCUUUGACAAACAAGCACUAUUUACUUGCAGGCAUAAACUCAAACUCUGAGGUCAACGAAAACUGCAGACUCUUCUCCAUCGAUCAGCAAUCUGAUCAGAUUAAUCAAAUACACGCUAAACAGACUAUCUUUACUAAUGACGUCACUUGUUAUCAGCGUGUGGCUCAUUUCUCUAAUGCUUCUAUUCCCGUUCUCAUCGUCGAUGGCAAGUCUACCGAGAAAUCAGGUUCACAGCUGCACGCCUUCAGUUAUCCUGAUAUGAACCCAGUUUUACGCGACCCUCUUCAAAUUAAUGGUGAUAUUCUCAACGUCACUUUUAACUCUGACUCCUCUCUCCUCGCCGUGGCAACUCCGACCAAUGUCUUAAUUUUCACUUUCUCCGUCGACAACAAAGAGGGAAAAAUUCACUGCAACUUGAAUCUCAGUCACACCAUCAACCACCCUGCCCUACCCAAGCCCAGCUCUCCUUCUCCCUCCUUCAGACAUGCAAAUUUUGGCAGAGGUGCACACACAAACAGGCUCUAUACUAUAACUAAUAGCCCCCCUCCCCACAAGAAAAAAGCUGCUAGGCCAUCUUUUCUCACUGCGUGGGAUGUAUCUACCUGGAGUGUAGUUAGGAGUGUGACUUUGGCUGAUAAACCCAUCACAGCUUGUGAUUUAUCUGAGGAUGGUCAACUCAUCGCUUUCGCCAGUGCUGAUUUGAGUCUGGGUAUUGUCUCAGCAAAGACUUUAGCUCCCCUCGUGCGCAUCCUCUCUGCUCACUCUUUCCCCGUCACUUGUCUCUCAUUCGACCCCACCGCCACCGUGCUGGCAUCUGGAAGUCCGGACAACAGUGUGCGAUUGAUACAAGUGCCGCAGGAUUUAGCAGCCGGUGACUCAGCGAGGGCUUUCGUACACGCACUCGUUAUCGCUAUCCUCAUCGCUCUUCUCGCCGUCCUGUUGCAGUUAUACCAGACAAAGUGA